AUGUAUGAGGAAUCUUUACAAUUAUAUCUACAAGUAUUAGCAGUAUUUAUCCAAUUGUAUUCAUCUGAUCAUAUAGACACUAUUUAUGCUUUGAUUAAUAUUGGUGAUAUAUUAUUAGAUGAGAACGAAAAUUUUGAGCAAGCACUGGAUUUUUAUCAGAAAUCUCUAACUAUGUUAGAAAGAUCUUAUCCGUCCUACUAUGUUUAUAUCGCUAACAAUCUCAACUUGAUUGGAAAUGUUUUAGGACAACAAAUGAAAUUUGAUCAAGUCUUGGAAAUAUAUAAUCGAGUAUUAAAAAUACAAGAAGAUUUUUAUUCACCUGAACAUAUUGAAUUAAUUGAUACACUGGCGAACAUUAGUCACAUUUUAUCUACUCAAGAAAAAAUAGAUCAAGCUCUUGUCUUCUCUCAACGAAUAUUAACAAUUCGACAAAACAAUUCUUCAUCCGAUCAGAUCAAUAUUAAGCAUUAA